AUGGCCUGGAGCCGCGGCCACAACCUCUCAGUGCAAGGGCCUUUCAUCCUGCUGGGCUUCCCGGGCCCACAGAGCCUGCGCGCUGGGCUCUUCCUGCUCUUCCUGCUUAUGUAUGUGCUCACACUGGCUGGGAAUAUGGCCAUCAUCUCCCUGGUAGUGGCGCAUCGGCGCCUCCAGACGCCCAUGUACUUUUUCCUCUGCAACCUGUCCUUCCUGGAGAUCUGGUUCACCACAGCCUGCGUGCCCAAGGCCCUGGCCACCUUCGCCUCCCAGAACGGAGCUAUCUCCUUCGCCGGCUGCGCCGCGCAGAUGUACUUCGUCUUCUCCCUGGGCUGCACUGAGUACUUUCUGCUGGCCGCCAUGGCCUACGACCGCUACCUGGCCAUCUGCCUGCCGCUGCGCUACUGCAGUAUCAUGACGCCCAGGCUCGUGGCGCGGCUCGCCCUGGGCUCCUGGCUGAGUGGCUUUGCAGCCAUCGCGGGGCCCGCUGCGCUCGUCGUGCGCCUGUCUUUCUGCGGCUCCCGCGUCAUCAACCACUUCUUCUGCGACAUCGCUCCCUGGAUCGUGCUGUCCUGCACCGACACGAGGGCGGUGGAGCUGGCUUCCUUUGGCAUCGCCUUCUGCGUCAUCCUGGGCUCCUGCUUCAUCACUCUGGUCUCUUACACCUACAUCAUUGCCACCAUCGUCAGGAUACCCUCCGGCGCCGGCCGCCACCGGGCCUUCUCCACCUGCUCGUCCCACCUCACGGUUGUGCUCAUCUGGUACGGCUCCACCAUCUUUCUGCACGUGAGGACCUCGGUGGAGAGCUCCUUGGAGUUAACCAAGGGUGUCACGGUGCUCAACACCAUCGUCACCCCGGUGUUGAACCCCUUCAUAUAUACCCUGAGGAACAAGGACGUGAAGGAGGCUCUGCGGAGGACUGUCUGGGGGAACUGA